CGAUAAUCUGGGCAAGUACCGGAAGUACGAAGGCCAUUCCGUCCGAGAUCUCUUGCGGGUCCUCCGCAAUAAAGUUCGCACCCUGCUGUCUCUUAUCAUGCAGGGCUGAUGCUGGACGCAUUCACAGAAGAAUCACUUUCAGGACUUGCCAGAGAACGUACAGAAGAAUCUCGGCGCCUUACCGGACGGCUUUCUCGCCUACUUCACGCAUCGCUUUCCUCGCCUGCUGCUGCACAUUCACCAGGUCGUGCGCGAGCACCUCAUCGAUGAACCAAUGUUCGGCCCCUACUUCUCCGCAGACUAGCUUGAUGUACUUGAUUGUUGUCUGUUGUGCAUUUUACGUGCCACCGUCUUGCUCCGGCUCUUCGUGCGCGCGUGCGGGGUGCCGGACUACCAACGACGAUGAGUGUGACGCACAUUGUGCUGUUUGCAUACAAGCCAGAGACGACCAAGGAGGAGAUCAAGGAGGUCAGAGAGAAGUUUCUAGCACUCCAACAGCAAUGCAAAACGGCCGACAAUGGACCGCUCGUUCAGAGCUUCCAUGCGGGCAGUAACAAUUCGACGGAAGGCCUUUCCGGCAAGAUCAAUGACGCCUUCGUUAUGACCUUUGCGUCCAAGGAGGACCGGGACUACUACAAUGAAAAAGAUCAGGCGCACAAAGAGUUUAAGGAUUUUGUGCUGCCCAAGCUUAUCCCACCGGAGGCUCGCAUCGUCGACUUUACUCCCGGCGUGUUCGAAUAGGCCAGAGGUGCGAGCUGUGGGUGGCCGAACAGCAAUACAUGCAUGACAAUGGCGAUUUGCGAAGGACAACGUGAUACACGGAGCCUUCCUCCUCAUGAGCAUUGACCUGAUGGAAAUCAGGGGUCGUCUCCACAUUGUCUCCGUGCG